AUGUCCGAUAAUACUCCAAAAGAACCCCCAAUACAAACUAUGAACGGCUUGCCAACAAAUAAUAAUCCAUGGAUGUACGGUUUAUAUCACCAGUACAAUGGAUAUCAUGGCGGCAUGUAUCCACCGUUUUACAAUCAAUAUUAUAAUCCGAUGGGUAAUAACGGAGGAUUUCACAACAAUGAUCGCAAUCAAUAUCAACAUAACGAGCCAAAGCCUAACUUUGGACACCCUAAUUUCUCUAAACCACCCCCAUCGACACCUCUUCUCGGGAUGUCACCACUCGACACCAAUCGCCCAUUUUUUUGUCAACCGCCUAUCAGAUUUAAUCUGAAUGGUAAUAAGAAGUCUGCUCCUAUUCCUCCCACUGAUAAUCCGCUCCUUACAAACAACAAUGUCAAGAAAAAGCGAAAGAAGGCAAAUAAAAUGAAUGAUGACAUAGAGCCAAUCGUAUUACCACCCCUUCCUGAUCAUCCUCCCCCGUUACCUCCCUGUCCACCUCCAGAUAUCCCAAAACCACCUCCACCUCCUCCACUAGAUGUUCCAUUGCCUCCUCCAAUAGCAACUGAAGAUAUUCCGGAGCCUUUAGAGAAACCAAAUAAUGAGGGUAAUAAGGAAAAAGAAUGUGAAAAUGUUGAGUCUAAUAGUGAUUCUUCAACUUUCUUAAAAUCCUCUUCAAUAUGUCCAACAUCAGCUGGAGCUUGGCCUGAGAACUUAGAAAGGUAUAUUAAAAGAUGCUAUGAAAAAUGUAGAACAGCUUUUGAUCGUGAUCAAAUUGAUAUAUGCUUAAAGGGACGUAUUACAGCAGCAGCAAAUAAAGAUGAAAUUUGGACAAGAAAUUGGGAUGAAGAACCCAUUCCAAGUGUUUAUAGUGAACGUAACAAUUUAACAGUCAAACCCGUCAGAGGGACUCUAUCCUUAUAUCAAAAACCUGAGUGUCUUACAGAUAAGCCAAAGACUGGUUUGGGAAGUAGAGGUUUUAGUGGACACAAGAGUUCCCCACAAAGGCGGCGCCGCCUUCAUUCGAGAAGUAGAUCUAAAUCAAGGAGUCCAAGAAAACGACAAAGUUCACCAUCAACUUCUAGUGAUGAAUUUGAAGAAAAGAAAGCUAUAAAAAGCAAAACUAGGCAAAAGGUUAAGGAUAGGCUGUCAUUAGAUCACAAGAAAACUGACAAAUAUAACAAAAAUGCCAAAAAGAAAAAUUACAACCAGUUUAUUGUUGAAGAUGAUCAUGGUAAUGCAGAAAAACUACAAAAGAGAGUAGAGAGAUUUGGAAACACAAGUGUACCCACUAUUGCUAGCUCCAUUCAAGUUAAUAAUCAUAAAUCAGAACCUCUUCUUAGAAAACCAAUUAUUACUACAGAUACUGAAGGAGACUAUGAGCUUAAUAAUAUGCAUAUUGUGGGUACAUGCUCAGAUAUUGAAAAGUCAUUCUUAAGAUUGACAAAGGCUCCUGAAGCAUGUGAAGUACGACCUGUUACAGUAUUAAGGAAUUCACUCAAAAAUGUGAAAGAAAAAUGGAUAGAGAAACAAGAUUAUCGAUAUGCCUGUGAUCAGCUCAAAUCAAUCCGACAAGAUUUGACAGUGCAAGGUGUAAGAGACAGUUUCACAAUUGAAGUGUAUGAAACACAUGCAAGGAUAGCCUUAGAGAGAGGAGAUCAUGAGGAAUUCAACCAAUGCCAAACACAAUUGAAAAUGCUUUACACUGAGUUACCAGAUUGUAGAGCUAAUGCAGCUGAAUUUACUGCAUAUAGGAUACUAUAUUAUAUUUUUACUAAAAAUACAUUGGAUCUGACAACAAUAUUUCAGUUUCUUUCUAAAGAAGACAGGGAAAACGAAUGCAUAAAACACGCACUUCUAACAAGGUGUGCAUGGGCUACAGGAAACCUUCAUAAGUUUUUCUUGUUGUAUAAGACUGCUCCAUUGAUGGCAGGCUACCUCAUGGACUGGUUUGUGGAAAGAGAAAGAAAGCAGUACAUGAAAUACAUCAUAAAGUCCUACAGGCAGUCAGUUCCUGUGGACUUCAUCGUUCGGGAGCUGGCGUUUGAGUCAAAUUCUAAGGCCAUAGAAUUCUUAAAUCAAUUUUCUUUUUCAUACACUGGCUCCGAUCAAACUCAACUAGAUUGCAAGGCCAGCCUCCCAGCUCUUGCGAAUAUUUAA